AUGGCACGUUUGCCGGUUAAAGUUCAGAACAAGCUGGAUAUCAGGAUAUCAUGUAAGCAAGAAUUGGUUAUUUGCCAUCAACCAGCCACGCAACAUCCUUGUUCUUUUGGUGUCACAGAGCGAGUGGGGAAGAAGAAAGUGGGCGGUGGUUCAAAGGGAUUUGGGAAAGAAGGUGAUGGAACAGAGGGAUUUGGGAAAGUAGGUGAUGGCAGUGGUACAGAGGGGAUAGGGGAAGUAGGUGGUGGUACAGAGGGGUUUGGGAAAGUAGGUGGCAGUACAGAGGGGUUUGGGAGAGUAGACGGUGGUACAGAGGAGAGUGGGAAUGAGGCCGGUGGGUUUGGGAAAACAGGCGGUGGCAAGGAGGGGUUUAGGAAAGAAGCCGGUGGCAGAGAUGAGCUCACGAACGAAAACAACUAG